UGAUCUGUCAUUUGCGAUUAUUCGAAAGUUGCGAUGCAUCUGUUGGGUGUAUAUUCUCUCUUUUUUCGCUCCGGAGGUGUGUUCUUGUCUUACCUUGUGUAUGGUAUUUAUCAAGAAAAAAUUACGAAAACCAAGUAUGGUCCUGGAAUGGAGUUAUUUGAUUUUUAUUUCUCUCUGUUGCUUUUCCAGUGCAUAAUAAACUUUAUAUUUUCACGAAUAGCUCUCUGGUUUUGGCCAGAGUUAUCAGUUCCUUCCUUGCAGCUUAAGUUUGGCAUUUGUGGCUUUAGUUAUAUUACCGCAAUGUACACAAGUAACACAAGUCUUAAGUAUGUCACUUAUCCUACCCAGGUGAUAGGAAAAUCCAUCAAACCAAUUCCUGUAAUGCUUCUGAGUGUAUUGCUAGCCAAGCGGCGUUAUCCUUUGCAGAAAUACAUUUUUGUGACAAUGAUUUCGUUCGGUGUAGCAUUCUUCAUGCUCAGGGGGCAUUCAGCAGGAAAUUCCGCGGGCGAAUUUGGCCUUGGAGAGUGUCUCUUGAUAUCUUCGUUACUUCUCGAUGGUGUUACUGGCGGAGUCCAAGAAGACCUUAGAAAACACAAUGUCGGUUCCUACACUCUAAUGAUGCAUAUGAACUUUUGGUCUAUCAUCUAUUUAGUUCCAGUGACUGUGUUCUCCGGAGAAGUUUCGCCGUUUAUGGAAUUUAUCAAACGCCAUCCACAUAUUCUUUAUGAUAUGAGUAUUUUUGGCUUAACAAGUGCUGUUGGCCAGAUAUUCCUAUUUGGUUUGAUCACAAACUUCAGCCCAUUAACUUGUUCAAUUGUGACUACAACAAGAAAAUUUUUCACAGUUCUCUUCUCAAUUAUUGUCUUUGGUCAUAGUAUGACAACAUGCCAGUGGAUAGGGACGGUAUUAAUAUUUUCUGGCUUAUUACUUGAUCAGAUCUAUGGUAAAACACGUCCUAAACAGUCGUCCAACAACACAAAUAAUAUCAAUGGGACAGUGAAUUCAGUUGAGAGUCACAGAGAAUUAAGAAAGAAAAAUGAAUAAUAUGUUGCUUAUACAAAAAUAUCAAAAUGUAACAAAUAUAUGAUUUUUCUUUUUAUAUUGAAUCCAAUUUAAUUGUUAUGUCUUCUUGUUGUAUAUUUUUUACUUUUGAAAUCCUAACUGAAUCUACGAAUCUACAUUUGGUCACUAUUAGGAAUGGGUUCAAUUAGUGACCAAUAUGAUAUUUAAAAUUAAUGAUCACCAGGGAGGACUAAGGAGAGACAGUAUUUGUUUUGAAGCCUUUUCAUGAGAUUAAAUCAUAUACUUAAGCAUAUUUUGACACAGGUAGGUUACACAUUUUCAUCAUUCAUCACUAAAAAGAGUCAAUAGAUAUAUGUUGCUUCUUUUGGAGCAUAUAAAUGAACUUCACUCACGUUCUAAUGCGACUAGGUGCUUGUCUACCCUAGCCUGACAAUGGGACUGCAAAAAAUAUCUUUGGAGAGCUGGGUAGGCACUUAGUCGACCAUGAAGAGAACGUUCAUUCCUAUGUAGCCUGGGAUAAUCUGCAGCCUGCUGCAAAACUGGCAGUGAGCUCUGCUAGCAAUGUUUAACAAUGAACAGUGGUUUUUAAAAGUCUCUAGCAAAUUGAUUGGUACGUGGAAAUUCAUUACUAGAAGGUUCGAACGCAAUAAAAAACGAAAGAGACGUAAAUGCAAAUUAAUAAAAUGUUUAAGCAUAGGUCGUGCGCAGUGGAAGACAAAAAAGUAAAGGAAAUGGAAUAUGAAAUGACGAUGCAUAACACAAGUCAACUGUUGAGAUUGUUCGGUCAAAAAGUCAGCUACUAGUGAAAAUCCCUGAAGAAACAAAAUUAUGGUCCAAUCUUGGAUCACAUGACUAAAGCGAUUUAAGGGAUAUUUUAUGGAACUGUCAAAAUGGUCUAAUUGUUCAUUACCCAUCUAAAGUCUAAAUGAAAGACGUACAUUGGGUUUCUAAGCCCAUACAAGGUUGAAGAGGCCAUAGCUAACCUGAGAUGAGCAGAUACAAGCCAGGUCCUUAUGGUUUAGCCCUGGAAAUAUUUAGGGUCCUUAUACAGUCUUAGUGGUGUGACUGGUAAAAUAGCUAGUUUGGUAUAUAGAAAUAAUUCUAUCAGAUUAGUCUCGAUCCGUGAUUGACAAACUUGCUCUUUUAUCUACAUAGAUGUUUCGAACAGCGGAAACCUAAGUGGGACAAUUUCAUUGUCUGUGUACUGAUCCAAAAAAUUAUAGAUGAGCACUUAAUCUAUGUUUUGCUAUUUCUUCCCACCAUUUUACGUUUUUUUUGUAAAGUAUAGAUGUUUUAUGAAUAAUUCUUUAUGCCAUUUAGUUAUGUCUACUAGCUAUUUUGGAUCAGUAGUAUAAAACAUGAUUUAAUAACUAGCUUUGGCGUGUGCUACUGAUGUCUGCAGUUAUAAAUAGUAUGUAUCAUCAAUCGAAAAUUAAAUGCCUGGCAUCAGAAGGUUGAGAAGAUCGAAGAAAAGUGAAUGAGAACAGAGAAUGGUUAGUGUGGAAGCGAAAGAACAACGAAGUCUGUGACAAUUGAUGAACAUUUUGCAAAUGAAGUAUUUACUAUAUAGUUCUCAGAUUUUACUGAGACGUUCUGUAAUUUUGCAUUCACAUACAUUCGAUUGUCCCCACUUGUGUUCUUGUUCACUACAUAGCCACAAUAAAAUUAGAAGAAUUAGAACUUUCAGACUACUGUAAAAUGGAAGAAUACCAAGUACGCUAUGCUUCUCUUUAUCAAACGUUGAAGGGUAUUUACCGACCGUUUAUAUUUACCGAAUUAUCUCUGUUUAAAAAAUGAAGAAUAACAGAGGUUAUGGUGUUUAGCUCUCAUUAUUGCAAAAGGAAAUUUAUUCUUAAAAAACAUUACCUCAUUAAAACGUAGAGUAUUGGAAUAGGUAUAUUUAUGCAAAUUCAUACAUGUUUAAGAACGAAAGGGGUGGAGGUAAGCGGUUAAAUUCUUGCCAUGCUUUUUCUUUAGUUUCUCCUAAUUUAUCAUCCUAAUAUCUCAGUAAGUUUAUCUCAUACUAGCCGUACUGACAAUACUUUAUUUACAUCAUUCUGUACUUUAUGCAAGCUACUAAGUAGUGAUAGUUGGGAAUUAUCUAAUCUGUUUAUCGUUGUUUUUGAAAUGAAGAUAAAGCAUCACUAGUGAUUUUCUCGACAACAGCCAUAACUGGCCGAAGUCAUUUUGGAAAUUGAGUCUUGCGCAAAAUUCGGAAAAAGAAUCAGGCAUUUGUAUACAAAAUAGUAUUAUUACUAAAAGCAAUAUAUUAUCCACUGAUCUCAAUUCCAGAGGUGUCUGGGAAAUAAAAUCAAAAUCAGAGGAGAGGUAUUUCUCUCAAAAUUUUUGUUAGAAUAAUUUACAAAAAUUAUACGGCAAACUAAAUGCCUGGUAGUAACCAUAUCAAUAUCAG